GAUUUCCCAGUCUAGAACUGGUAUCUAGAUCACUAUGGCAACUGGCCAGAGGUUGAUGAGAGCGAUUCCAGUUUCUGAAUUUGGUGGACCAGAAGUGCUGAAACUCCAGUCGGAUGUUGUUGUACCGAUUCCAGAAGAACAUCAGGUUCUAAUCAAAGUGCCAGCCUGUGGUGUGGACCCAGUGGACACAUAUAUUCGCUCUGGUACCUACAGUGGGAAACCGCGCCUCCCCGCUACUCCUGGUGUAGAUGUGGCUGGGCUGAUAGAAGCUGUUGGAGAGCGUGUAUCUGCUUUCAAGAAAGGUGACAGAGUCUUCACCACCAGCACGGUCUUGGGCGGCUCUGCCGAGUACAAGCUGGCCGCCGAUCACACCGUUUACAAGCUGCCGGAGAAGCUGGACUUCCAGCAAGGAGCUGCCAUCGGGGUCCUGUACUUCACGGCCUAUCCCGCUCUGCUCCACAGCGCCUCCGCGAAAGCUGGAGAAAGUGUUCUGGUUCACGGAGCUAGUGGAGGAGAUGGACUAGCAGUGUGCCAGAUUGCUAGAGCUUAUGGCUUAAAGGGUUUGGGCACGGCCGCUACUGAGGAAGGACAAAGGGUUGUUUUGCAAAAUGGAGCCCAUGAAGUGUUUAAUCACAGAGAAGAUAAUUAUAUUGAUAAAAUUCAGAAAUCUGUUGGUGAAAAAGGAAUUGAUGUGAUUAUUGAAAUGUUAGCUAAUGUAAAUCUUAGCAACGAUUUGAACCUUUUGUCCCAAGGAGGACGAGUAAUAAUUGUUGGCAGCAAAGGUCCUAUUGAAAUAAAUCCACGGGACACCAUGGCAAAGGAAUCUAGCAUAAAAGGAGUUACUCUCUUUUCAUCAACCAAGGAGGAAUUUCAGCAGUUUGCAGCAGCCUUUCAAGCUGGAAUGGAAAUCGGUUGGUUGAGACCUGUAAUAGGUUCUCAGUAUCCGUUGAAGAAGGUGUCCCAGGCUCAUGAAGAUCUCAUUCACAGCAGUGGCGCUACUGGAAAAAUGGUUCUUCUCUUAAAAUGAUUACUCCUUUCAUGGAUUUCCUAUUAGAAGUUUCUUACAGUAUCUUU